CUCCCGCGCGCGCAUAUCAAACGUAGUGAUUGCACUCGUUCUUUCGAGCUUCUGCAAUACAUCUUCAUAUAUGGCUUCCAUUACUACCCUCACUGAGAUGGCCGACGAGAAGUCUCUCAGAUCUGGCUUCAUUCGGGACGAAGAAGAGCGCCCGAAAGUUGCUUACGAUCAAUUCAGCGACGAAAUUCCGGUGAUAUCGCUGGCAGGCAUCGAUGAGGUUGAUGGGCGUCGAGCUUCAUUAUGUAAGCAGAUUGUGAAGGCUUGUGAAGAAUGGGGCAUUUUCCAAGUUGUUGAUCACGGCGUUGACACGGAACUCAUCUCUGAAAUGACUCGUCUCGCCAGAGAGUUCUUUGCCUUGCCCCCAGAAGAAAAGCUUCGCUAUGACAUGAGUGGUGGCAAAAAAGGCGGCUUCAUAGUUUCCAGUCAUCUGAAGGGAGAGACAGUGCAAGACUGGAGAGAAAUGUUCAUAUAUUUUUCAUAUCCAGAGAGAGGCAGAGACUAUUCGAGGUGGCCAGAAGGAUGGGGGAGGGUGACAGAAGAAUACAGUGAGAAGUUGAUGGGCCUGGCAAGCAAGCUGCUGGAGGUGUUAUCAGAAGCAAUGGGAUUAGAGAAGGAGGCUCUGACAAAAGCAUGCGUGGAAAUGGACCAGAAGCUAGUGGUCAAUUUCUACCCAAAAUGCCCCCAGCCUGAUCUCACGCUAGGACUCAAACGCCACACCGAUGCAGGCACCAUCACCCUCUUGCUUCAAGACCUCGUCGGUGGCCUUCAGGCUACCAGGGAUAAUGGCAACACCUGGAUCACAGUUAAGCCUGUCCCCGGAGCCUUCGUCGUCAACCUCGGCGAUCAUGCCCAUUACCUGAGCAAUGGAAGGUUCAAGAGUGCGGAUCACCAAGCAGUGGUGAACUCGAGGUGCAGCAGAUUGUCCAUAGCAACAUUCCAAAAUCCAUCACCAGAAGCAAUAGUAUACCCACUGAAGCUGAGAGAGGGACAAGAAUCUGUGCUUGAGGAACCAAUCACCUUCGGUGAGAUGUACAGGAGAAAAAUGGCCAAGGACCUCGAGUUGGCUCGUCUUAAGAAGCUGUCCAAAGGGCCUGAUCCCCAGCUCGAAACCAUCGACUUUCAGAGCAAACCAUUGGAUCAUAUUCUGGCUUAAUUACUCCUCCAGGAAUUUGAACUUCUCAUGUCUUCUUCCUUUGUCUCUAAAAUAAAUACAUUAGAGGUUUCUGAGAGUUCAUUGGUUACUAAAUUAUCUAAUCCCUGGAAUUAUGUACCCAUUAUCAGAAUCAAUAUAUGAAUAAACUUUUGGGAUUUUCCUUAAUUAAUUACA